AUGGAUGAGGUCGCCGCCGCGAGAAGAGGAGCUUCUUCUUGGGACUUCCCUUUCAACGACAUUAAUAAAAACAUUCAGCAUCAUCGUCACUGCAACACAAGUCACGAAUUCGACAUCUUGAAGAGUCCACUUGGAGACAACGAAGAAGAAAGUAAUAAUCACAACCCUAAUUAUAGUAACAGCGAGAGUGGAAAGAAGGAGACGACAGAUAGUGGACAGUCUUGGUCUUCGUCGUCGUCAAAACCAUCGAUCUUGGGGAGAGGACACUGGAGACCAGCUGAAGAUGUUAAACUCAAAGAGCUUGUCGCCAUUUACGGUCCACAAAACUGGAACCUCAUAGCUGAAAAGCUCCAAGGAAGAUCCGGUAAGAGUUGUAGACUACGGUGGUUUAACCAAUUGGACCCGAGGAUAAACCGAAGAGCUUUCACGGAGGAAGAAGAAGAGAGGCUAAUGCAAGCACAUAGGCUUUAUGGCAACAAAUGGGCAAUGAUUGCGAGGCUUUUCCCUGGUAGGACUGAUAACUCUGUCAAGAAUCAUUGGCAUGUUGUCAUGGCUCGUAAGUAUAGAGAACACUCCUCUUCUUACCGUAGGAGGAAGCUUAUGAUUAAUAACCCACUUAAACCUCACCUCACUAAUCCUAACCCUAACCCUAAUUACCACUCUUUUAUCUCUACAAAUCACUACUUCACUCAGCCUUUCCCCGAGUUUAAUUUGACUCAUCACCUGGUUAAUAAUGCCCCUAUCUCGACUGACCAUAACCAGCUUGUGUUGCCUUUCCAUUGCUUUCAAGGUUAUGAGAGCAACGAGACACCCAUGGUAGUGAGUAUGUUUGGUAACCAAAUGAUGGUCGGCGAUAACGUUGGUGCCACAUCAGAUGCGUUAUACAAUUUUCCAUACAUUGAUUCCACGAGCCGAGAGAAAGCGGAGGCAAAUGUGCCGAUGAAUUGGAUUGGAAUGGAAGCGGUAGAUGAAGAGGUGGUCUUUAAGGCUAAGCAGCAACCACAUUUUUUCGAUUUUCUUGGCUUGGGGACGGCGUGA